AUGGAGGCGGCCAGCUCUUGCAAUUCAUCAAUCAGAGAUUGUAACAGGGAUAUGGAGCUGCUGCUUGAAGCUUUUGGGUCCUCUAUUUCACUGGAGACUUUAGCUUCUGCUUACUCCCAAGCAAAUAGUAAUGUGGACUUGGCUGGUGUCAUUCUUUACGAAUUACAGGGAACUACUGCAGCGACUCGUGAAUCCAAAGAUGGCAUAGAUGCAACUUCUUUAUCAUCAUUAGAUUUAUGUGCUGAAGGCGCCUCGAAGUAUCUAUGUAUUGAUGAAGGAAAUAGUAAAGGUCGCGCAAACAACUAUGUUUCUGAGAAUUCUGGAGAAGAACGUCUGAAGUCAUUAAUGUCAACAAAUGAAUCUACAAAAUUUCAAUCAUCUGAAGUUCCCUCAAAUGAAUGUAUAAAAAUUCGAUCAUCUGAAGUUCACUCAAAUGAAUCCAUAAGAAUGCGAUCAUCUGAAGUGCUCUCAAAUGAAUCAUUUUCUGCCUCAUUUAAUAAUACUGGGAAGGAUGAUAGCUUGCAUGCAGACAUGGAAGACUUUCUUUUCAAAAUGCUUGGAGAUGGGUUUCAACUUGACAUGCAAAUGAUCCAUCAAGUUCUUGGUUUUAAAACUGCUAGAGAAUGA